AUUUUUCUGAGAGGGAGAUGGAAGACGAAUUAUAUCAUAUCACUCUUUUUAGAUCCAUCAAAUGAAAUGGAAUACGUUGUAAUGGAGGAAAGAUUGUUCGAGUUAAAAAAUGAAAACUUACAAGUUAUGGAUAAGGUGAAGGGCCGCUUCUUUGAAGGUAUGACAUAUGAACCCUUAUUUCCUUAUUUCAAAGCCUUGAAAACUGAAGGCGCGUUCCGUGUGCUCUGUAAUACGUUCGUUACCACCGAUCAAGGUACUGGUGUUGUGCACCAGGCUCCUUAUUUUGGAGAGAUUGAUUACCUAACAUGUCUUGAGAAUGGUGUUAUUACAAAGGACAUGAAAAUUGUAUGCCCAGUUGAUGAAAGUGGCAGAUUUACUGAAGAGGUGUGCGAUUAUAAAGGAGUUUAUGUGAAGGACGCUGACAAGCUUAUAUGUAAGAGACUGAAGGAAAAUGGAAAUUUGAUCAAGCAAGGAGAGGUUAAGCACUCCUAUCCAUUCUGUUGGAGAUCUGAUACCCCACUCUUGUACAAGGCUGUUCCAUCGUGGUUCAUUCGUGUAGAACAAAUUGUACCUAUGCUCCUGGCUAAUAAUGAGCAGACAUAUUGGGUUCCAUCGUUUGUUAAAGAGAAAAGAUUUGCUAAUUGGUUGCGUGAUGCUCGAGAUUGGGCCGUAUCCCGUAAUCGUUUUUGGGGUACUCCAAUAAAUCUCUGGGUUAGCGAUGACUUAGAGGAGAUUGUAUGUCCUUCGAGCAUUGCUGAACUCGAGCGGCUUACUGGCACAAAGAUUGAAGACAUUCAUAGGGAAAGUGUUGAUCAUCUUACCAUUCCAUCAAAAACUGGUCGGGGUGUGUUACGACGAGUAACGGAGGUCUUUGAUUGCUGGUUCGAAUCAGGUUCAAUGCCAUACGCUCAAAAUCAUUACCCAUUCGAAAACAAGAAAACAUUCGAGGAAAACUUCCCGGCGGACUUCAUUGCUGAAGGCAUUGAUCAAACAAGGGGAUGGUUUUACACUUUGCUAGUGUUGUCUACUGCGCUCUUCAACAGACCUCCAUUUAAGAAUCUGAUUUGUAAUGGGCUUGUCCUCGCUUCUGAUGGAAACAAAAUGUCCAAACGUAAGAAGAAUUAUCCUGACCCCAUGGAAAUUGUCCAGAAAUAUGGCGCCGAUGCUCUUCGUCUUUACCUCAUCAGUUCUCCCGUAGUACGAGGAGAAAACCUCCGAUUUAGGGAAGAAGGUGUACGCGAUCUCCUAAAGGACGUUUUUCUUCCGUGGUUCAACGCCUUUAGAUUUUUCAUGCAAAAUAUACACCUGUACGAGCACGGUAAUGGAUGUGCCUUUUCAAUGAAAGAAGUCAAAAGUGAAAACAUAAUGGAUAGGUGGAUUGAGUCUUUCACGAAUAGUUUGGUGCUGUUUGUUCGCAAGGAGAUGUCUGAAUAUCGACUUUAUGCUGUGGUAAAUCCUCUUACUCAUUUCUUCGAUACACUGACAAACUGCUAUAUUCGUCUUAAUCGAAAACGAGUAAAGGGAGAUUUUGGAGCAGAUGAUCAAGCGCUCGCACUUUCCGCUCUUGGUCGUGUUCUCACGCUCAUAGUUCGAUUAAUGGCUCCAUUCACUCCAUUCUUUUGUGAAUAUGUUUGGCAAAACUUGAGAAAAGUUAUUAAUGCUACUGAAGAAUCUGUACACUUCACAUUACUAUCUACUCCCGAUAACACACUGAUUGACGAAGUGGUUGAGCGAAGGGUCCAGGCGAUGCGUGAUUGCAUUGAUCUUGUUAGAGUUUUGCGUGAACGCAAAGGAAUUCCUGUUAAGUAUCCACUAAAGGAGAUGAUUGUUGUAAAUCGUGAAAGUCAGUUUUUGGAUGACCUCAAAAGUCUUGAGCAUUACAUUUUAUCGGAAGUUAAUGUGCGUCAGUUGACAGUUUCUAAUGACAAGGAUAAGUAUGGAAUAACUUUAAAGGCGGAACCGAAUUUCCGGUUAUUGGGUGCAAAAUUGAAAGCAGAUCAAAAGGUAGUGGUGGACUAUCUCAAAACGAAAAUCACUGAAAAUGAACUGGAGCAGUUUCUUGCCGAAGGUAAGAUUACGUUAUUCGGACAUGUGCUUACAUCAGAAGAAAUUUAUGUCAGUUACACAAGUGUCGAAUGUGGUUCGAAAUGUCAUGGCUACGAAACUCAUUCUGAUGGCAAGACAAUCUUAAUGUUGGAUACCUCGAAAGAUCAGGAACUGGUAGAAGAAGGUUUAUCAAGAGAGAUCACGAAUCGAGUACAAAAACUAAGAAAGGCGGCGAAGUUAGUUUCAACGGAUCCUGCUAUGGUUUACUGCAUGGUCAAACCAGACACGAGCCAAAUGGCUGCAGUCCUUAUAUCGCACAAGAAAAAGAUCGAGGAGGCAACUGGAACGCCCAUGCUGUUGGAGGCAUUGCCAUCUGGGAAGAGCGCUACAGUGGCCAAUGUGAGCACAGUCAAAGACGCUGAAGUUUCGCUAUGGUUGGUCGCGGAUUCUGCAGCUGAUGUUGUGACAGUUUGUCUAAAUGGGAAAUCUGUUCGUAUUCGUCUGAAAUCAAAUUCUGAGGAACUUCUUAGUUAUCGCGAUUUGCUGUAUGAGAUUCGUUCGGCAUUAGAUUUAUGGAAAGGGACCAUCUCGCUUACCCUUUUGGAUGGUACCCGUUUCCACCCUACCACACCAGUUAGUGAAUUAAAGGGACAAACAGUGACAAUCCAGACACAACUGCGGCUGGCACCAGUUAAUUAA